ACCUGCGUCGGGGUGAAAGGUCACUCACUACAGAAAACAUGGCGGCUCCCGGUAAAACGGCGGUGUUGUUGAAGGCUGUGAAGAAGAUAGUGGUCCAGUUUUGUCCGUUUGAGUCCAAUGCUCGGUCCACACGGGAGUUUCUUGCAGUGGUUGGCUCAGAGAAGGUCAGGGCGACCAACAUUAACUGUGAGGUGUUGUCCACAGUGAAACAUGACAAGUCUGAACCUGUAGUUGAUAUUACAUAUGUGGAUGGAGAGGUGCUGGUGAUGAAGGGAGCCAAGCUGACCAGUAAGGAGAUGCUGAGCACCUUUCAGUCCUGCUGUGUCGCCAAGGACCCACAAGCAAAAGCUGCAGCCAAAAAAUAGUGUACAAUGUUUAUAUUUAUGUAUGUGUGUAUUCUUGGAUGUUUGCAAUAAAACUCAAAUUCAAAUGUG